AUGGCCUAUAACUACUUGAGCUCGGGAUUCGGGCCCAUACUACUACUCAGUGCCUGUUCCAUCUUGGCAUUCACAUGGAUAUUCUCGCUCAUUCGCAUAUUCGUUCGCAUUCACAUCCUCCAGCUCUGGAGAAUCGAAGAUUGGCUCUUCCUCAUAAGCCUAGUCUCUUUCACUCUGCUCGUUGUCGCAACGAUUGUCAGUGUGCUGUACGGCAAUGGGCAACUCAUUCGUGAUAUCCGCCCAAGGGAUAUUUCUAGUGCUGUACAGGCAAGUACCCAACCAUCUAUUGUCUCCUUUUUAUUAACCUUUAGUCAGUCAUGGAUUUACACCCGAAUUCUCUACACUGAAACCACAAUCUUUACACGUUUAUCCGUAGCUUGUUUCCUCCUUCAGCUUGCACCGCGAAACAGAAGGUACCGGCUCACCAUCAUUUACACUCUCGUGUUUGCCACUUCCGCCGGUACCCUAUUGCUUCUUGCAAACAUCUUCCCAUGCAUUCCAGAUUUCCACAUUCCAGGGAAAUCCGAGGCGACGCAAUCAGCUGGGUUAUGCAUACCUUUACGCCUGUUCCCUCUCCUUACCGUCAUUCACGCUAGUAUUGGGACCGUAGCAGAUAUCAUACUGGCCCUUUUACCUACUGCUAUUGUCUACCACCUUCCCAUAUCCCUUCAACAAAAGAUUACCAUCUGUGUGCUUCUAGGCCUUGGCCUUUUAGCUGGUCUGACGAACCUGGUGCGUAUAGCCUGUAUUCUUUCAGCUGCCACAGAUGCUGAGAUUUUGUAUGCUUCGACCUACGUGACGCUAUGGAAUAUGGUUGAGCCAGCAACGGCCGUUGUCUGCCUCAGUCUCAGUGUCUUUCGUCCACUAUUUCAUCAUAGAGGAAGUGUUGAGACGGAAGUUAGUGGCAAAGACUUGAAAGAUAAAGAUCCGGAGAGUCUUGUGAUUCCCCCAUCAUGUUUAGCUUCUCAUCCUGCGUAG